AUGGAUAUCACAAACCUAACCAUCUUCUCGUUUUGUUACCACAAUCAGAGACGCAAUGCUGACCAGGUGAUUGAAAAUGCAGCUGAUAUAACCAACUGGAACAAGAGAAAUACCACGGCAAUGCAGAACAUAUUUGGCGCCAUCAAAGAAGACCAAUCAAGGAUCCUGAUGUCUUGUAGCACAGCCCAAGAGAUGUGGAUGAAAUUGGAGACUGAGUAUGAAGAAGAUGCCGCAGACAAUGCACCUCUAUUGUGGACAAAGUUCUAUGGAUGCACAUUUCGACCAAGCCAAAGUGUAUCAAGCUUCCUGACUGAGUUGGAACAGAUAGCAUUCCGUCUGAAGAGCCUCAACAUAGCUAUUGAUGAUAAUCAAAUAAUGGCAAAGAUACUCAUGUCGCUUCCUCCAGAGUUCCGUGUUUUUGCCUUUGCAUGGGACAGCACGCCUGUUGCAGAGAAAACUCUCAAGAAACUGACUACUCGCCUUAUAGCAUUGGACAAGAGCCUGCGCAACGACGAAGAAGCAAAAUCGACAUCUGAUACUGCCUAUCUCAGUAAGCCGAACAGAGAUGAAUCACAGCACAAAGAGCAAGCACUUCCUGCCCAGUACGGUCAGAACAAAGGAAAAAGCCACCCUUCCAGUCAACAUGCUGGUAUACCGAGAACAUGCUGGGAGUGCAACUCCACUACGCAUGUUAGAGCUCAAUGCCGUCAAUACAAACGCCGGCGUGAGAGAGAAGGAGAAGAAGCGGACAGAAAAAGGAAGCGUUACGAUCGACAUGACAGAAGAGAUGAUAAACUAUGUAAGCUCCCAGGAGCAACUGGCCGAUGCACUCACGAAACCCCUGGCUGCUCCACGCUUCAAGUAUCUCCGUGA